AUGGCUUUGAAAUUUAUUUGUGUGGCUACUCUUGCUACGGCGAUACCAUUGGCAGCGUUUAACCAUAGUGCCGGAAAAAAAGAAUUUGAAUUCGACAAGAUAUGGGAAACAACGAUGAGACAAGAAGAAUUUGAUGGCAUGCCACUACCCGAGAAUUCAGAUCUACCGACUGUCACUCAAAUUACACCGGCAAUUGUGAAAAUAGGACAACGUUACGGUGUCCCGUAUACACAAUUUUUGGGAAAGAAGAAACACCAUCACAGUCCAGGGAAAAAAGACGAUUUCAUGGAGCACGUGGUGGGUGCGUCUCUCAUGUCGGGUGGCACACUGUUGUCGCUGGGCGCACUGGCUAUGGUCGUGAUGGCCAGCAAAGCUCUACUGUUCGCGUUCGGCGCUAUCGUGUUGACGUGCAUGAACUCGGGCUGGACGACAGGGUGGCACAAGCCCUGGGAAAAGGCGAGCACCGUCUACGAAGUGGUGGCUAAACCACAGAUCGUGCACGGUCACACCUACUCCGAGGAAGUGCACCACGAUCCUUACACAGCAACGUAUCCACAGCCACAGCUGCAGUCCUCCAGUGGAGGAGAAUACUACAGCGGGUAUCCGGUACAACCACAUUGA